AGAUAGAUCUGCAACUUGUCCACGGUUUGACGUUCGUUAGCCAACAAACACAUAAAAAAUGGCUUUAUAAUACUCGUCUUGUCUUAACGUUACAUUUGCCAUGAUAAUACACCAUUAUACAACGAAAUUUAUUCGACUUAUAGUACCAAUAUUGUUCGAUGGCAAGGAAAUGAACAAUUUCAAACAGUAGAUUUGAUGAAACACAUUUAAUAUCUCGUAACAAUAUCAUCGGAAUAUUUAAUUAUACAUAUUAAGAACGAAACGAGUUUAGGUAAAUAUUGAUACUAUAAAAAGAUGGCAUUGCGUGAAUUGGUGGAGGGUGACUGCGGUGGACCCAGUUCUUUAAUUCAUUUAACAUCACAUUUUGUACGUGAUCAUGGAUUCAAAGAAGAAGGAAUACGUCAUCCUUUUGAUCAUGUGGAACCUUUCCAAGCUUCAGAUUCAGAUCAGUUAGUUAAACAAUUUUUAGAAGAAAAUCCUUCAUGUCCUCAAACAUUUAGAAUGGAUAAUUUAUUGCAAGAAAUGCGUGAAAUUGAUCAAAAUAUUCAUCCACCUAUAGCAGCACCAGGAGUUGCUCAAGAAUUAACCAGUUUAGAUACAGCUUGGGCAAAUCAAUAUCUUGAAUCAGGACGUCAUUUUAAUGAACACCAUGCUGAUGACAUUUGGCAUCAUGAGAUAGAACAGAAUUCAAACAUUAUAACUCAUCAAAAACAUGAACUUGGAUUAGGACCAAAAUGGGCAGAAGAAUAUAUAGAACAUAGCAAAGAUACUAUACAGAAUAACAUAAAUAUGGAACACCCAACAGAAGCAAUAGAAAACAGUGAUAAUCCUAAUUUUGAAUAUUCAAAGUUUAUGAAAUUUAUGAAACAGGAAGGAGAUGUUCCCAUAAAAAAUAAUGAAGAAUCACUGCCAGAUGUUCAAAAUACAAGUAAAGACUGGACAGAACAAUAUGAAAAAGAUAAUCAAAAGACUGAAGACAAAAUUUCUAUCAAUAAUAGUCAAGAAAAUGAAGUGACAGCUAAGGUAGAAGAAGAAGUAGCUGUUGCUAGUAAUUGGAUAGAUGAAUUUCAAAAAGAAAAUAUUUCUUCAGAGACAGAUAAUUAUGAAUCUACAUUCUUGAAGUUUCAAAAUGAGUGGGAAAAGAUUUCAUCAUCUGGGGAACUAUCUUCCAAGCAUCCAUGGCUUUCAGAAUAUGAUACUUUUUAUGAUCCAUUUAAAGAUUAUGAAUUUCAUGAAGAAAAUCCUAUGAAAAAUUUUCCCAAUGCAUUAGAAGAGGGUAAAAAAAGAUUGGAAGCUGGAGAUUUACCAAGUGCUAUACUUUGCUUUGAAGCAGCAGUACAACAAGAUGAUAAAGAUUCAGAAGCUUGGUUACUCCUUGGUAAAACUCAAGCUGAAAAUGAACAAGAUCCAUUGGCUAUUUCUGCUUUAAAACGUUGUCUAAGUUUGGAUCCUAUAAAUGGUGCUGCUCUUAUGGCGCUUGCAGUUUCAUAUACAAAUGAAUCUUACCAAAACCAAGCAUGUGUAACACUUAAAGAAUGGUUACUAAAAAAUGAAAAAUACAAGCAUCUAUCAGUACGAAAGUCUAGUAGUCCCGAACAACAAUCAAAAUCCAAUGUGUCAACUAUUUUAUUUGAUGAUGUACAUGAAGAGGUAAAAGAUCUUUAUAUUCAAGCUGCACGAAUGAAUCCAUGGAAUGAAAUAGAUGCCGAUGUACAGUGUGGAUUAGGAGUCCUUUUUAAUUUAUCUAAUGAAUAUGAUAAAGCUAGCGAUUGCUUCCAAGCAGCGCUGCAAGUACGCCCUGAUGAUUCUAGAUUAUGGAAUAGAUUAGGUGCAACUUUAGCUAAUGGUCAAAAAUCGGAAGAAGCUAUAAAUGCGUAUCAUCAUGCUUUAAAAUUAUCACCUGGAUUUAUUAGAGCUCGUUACAAUCUUGGAAUUUCUUGCAUUAAUCUUGCUGCAUAUAAAGAAGCAGGUGAACAUCUUGUAAUAGCGUUAAACCAACAAGCUGCUGGUCGUGGAGUUCACGGUGAAAACUUUUCACCGAAAGCGAUGUCGAAUACCAUUUGGUCAACACUGAGACUUGUCAUUUCGCUUAUGCACAAAUAUCACUUAAAUGAAGCUAUAGAAAACAGAGAUCUAACAAGGUUGAAUAAGGAAUUUGAGAUUGUAUAAAAUAUUGUUGACUUCACCUGUUAAAAAGUAUAAACUCUUUUUAACUUAGUGUAUAAGGUAUCGUAAAAUAAAGUAAUUAAAAAUAUUUUUCGUAGUUGAAAAGUGUACAUAAAAAAAAGCAACAUUAAAAAGAUGCUGUCAUAUAAUUUCUUUGUUAUAAGAAGGGUUAAGUCACAUAUAUUAGAUGUCAAAAAACUAAUUUGUUGGACACGUUUGGUAGAUACACAACUUUUUAUUGUUUUAUCUUAUAUAAAUUAAAAACGAUUAUACUAUAAUAAAAUUGUUAUGCAUUUAAUAAGAAUUAGUUAAAAUAAUUGAA